GUUUAUUUCAUUUUGAUUGGGGUGUAUGGUGUUAGGUGUAUUUUCAUUUCAAUACAAGCUUUAUACAUAUUAUACAAUUUCCCUUAUAUAAAGUGCUUUCACACACUUUGAAAUGGCUGCUCCUUACAUACAAAUUGGACUAUGUGGCCGAAGCAUAGUGAAGCUCUGCAAUGCAAGCUCAACAGUUUUUGUGGCGAGGAGAACAUUCCUUCCGAAGCAUGUGAGGCCCACGCUUAGUGCUAUUGCUGCAAGAAAGAAGAAGCAGAAGCCGGCUCCUCCAGAGCCGAGGUCUUCUUAUAUUGAAUGGAACUACCCGGCCGAGCUGUUUGCCUUCUCGGCGCGUCUGGGAGAGUCGGUGGACGAACCGCUGCUGCGGCGGGCGCUGACGGAGCGGUCCCACAUGCUGCAGAGCCAGGCCGAGCGGCAGCGUCUCGGCCUGGCCGAGAACGAGGCGGAUUCGGCCUGUAACACUGAGCUGGCCGAGCGCGGCUCGGACAUAAUGACGUCUUACAUCAGCGGCUGGCUGCGCUCCGCCCUGCCCCUACUCCCGGAGGAGGGCGUGCAGUCCGUGACGUCAUAUCUGACGUCACAACAGGAACUGAACCAACUGGCUUCGGGCAUCGGCCUCAAAGACAUCAUCCUCUCUGAGGAGUACCCUCCCUCCGAGGAGACGAUGGCCCGGUGCCUGCGCGCAUUCGUGGCCGCUCUGGCCGAGUCCUCGGGCGAGGAGCGUGCGCAGCUGUUUGUCCGGGACUUUGUGCUGGCCCGGCUGGCCACGGUCGAUCUCACUGCCGUCUGGCAGAUCGAGGAGCCGCUUUCUGUGCUGUCUGACGUGCUCCGGCGCUGCGGCCGGGAGCCGCCGGAACCGCGGCUCCUGCGCUCCGCCGGACCCGGCUCCCUGCUGGCCGCAUAUGUUGUCGGCGUCUACUCGGACCGCAAACUGAUGGGCUAUGCCCCGGGAGACUCGGUCUCGGAGGCCACCGACCUGGCGGCGCGCGCCGCGCUCAACCAGCUGAUGGGCGUCUCAGAGCGGAGCGCUCCGCUCGACAUCCGCGCCGAGCGUACGCUGCGGCACGCGCCGGCGGCCGCCCUGGACGAGUGGAGGCCGCUCUGAGGCGGCGCGUGGAGCCGCUCUCUCUUUGCGCCUCGCAGGGAGUGUGGGUGUGGGUGUGAUGUUGUGUGGAGGCAGUGCCAGAGAAUGUUGGGUGAUCGAGGGUAGGUAAAAAGUUUGGUAUGAUGCGAGUGAGUGAUCGCCGUUGGUAGGAUGGCUGUUACCUGGCGAGACAAGGGACAUUGAGAGUAUGGUCGAAGGUUGUAGUUGUUCUGGAAGUAAGAACGCGAGGCGAAUGCAAGCUGUACGAUGGGACUACAACCGCCUUUUUUUUGCCGAUAGUUAUCUUGUCAGAUAAUAAUACCGGAACACCACAAUACGGCAUUAUGCAUCAUCUUGACUUAUGCAGUUUAAAUGAAACACGAAAUCAUGGCAUAUUUGAUAUUAUACACUCACAAUUUGAAAAUUGA